AACUUUGGAGGCCCUCCUCGCAGACACUGCCCCCAAAAGGCGCGGGCGCCUAGAGAUACCCUCAUCAAGUUACCUAUAUAUGCUCAAUCUUACCUGCGCUACAAGCAUCGUGUUGGCAUAGAAACCAUCCCCAGCCUUUCCUUCUCGCAGCUCGAUCCCAGUGAAAUCGAAGCUCAGCUUCUGGACUUGUCCAAUAUGACCCCUACCACUUCCCAGAUUUCUUGGCCAACUACUACUGCCUCCCUCUGCGAGCUACUCAAUAUCGAUACUGACGUGAAAAAGUGCCAUGCCUCGACGCAGAAGAAGGCUCGUUGCCAGCACCCAGUCAGCAAAGCCAACUCGGCUCAUAUCGCUUGUCUCUUGGAGAAAGCAGUCGCUCAAGGAAGCUUUUCUGCUGCUCAGGCUACACUCCAAGAAGUCUCUUACUUGAUCAUGUGUUGUCGGUAUGAACAUCGAGACCAAGGCCCCCCUCGUUUGUCAGAGUGGGAGACAGUCCUCAAGCCCCUUAAAGUGGUGCAUAUCAAGAAUGAAGACGAGGAAGAUACUCUCAAAACCGAGAAAGAAACAGAUAAUACAUCACCAACCACUUGUGUUAUUUCAUCGCAACAACAGAUUCAACUCAGGGGCAAUACAUCUAUAACUACUUCCACUCAUCGUCGUCGCAGAUCCCAGUCGUCCCCUUCUACUCCAGCAAAACCAUCCCCAAAGCUUUUACUACCCAAAUUACCUUCACCUAAGAGUCCCAAAUCGCCACAUGAGUUCGAGGACUUCUCCCGUCCCCGGUCGACCCUAGAAAUCAAUAAAGCGAUAAAGAAGCGACUUCUUGAACCCUUGACCGAAACGGAGACGAAGAAUGGAGGCUACAUCUACCUCUAUACCUUUCCUGAGAGUUACCACGACGCACAUCCCUAUAUCAAGAUAGGCUAUUCUCAAGACGUCAGUAAACGUAUGCGAGAUUGGAAAAAACAGUGCGGCUACGAAGCAAAAGUGCUCGGUGAGUUUCCGGCCGAGCAUUACGUCAAGGUUGAGAGAAUUGUGCAUGCUCAGCUCUGGAACCAAAGGAAGAGAGAAAAAGCAUGCCCAGCUUGCAACGUUCGCCACGAGGAGUGGUUCAAGGUGGAGGCUAUGACUGCCUCAAAGAUCAUUGCCUUAUGGACUGGCUGGAUGAGGCGAGAGCCAUAUGAUGGAGAGGGCAAUAUCCUGGAUAAAUGGCGUAUCAGAAUUGAGGGCCUUGACAUGGCUAAUCCUGAUUGUUGGGACUUGCUCGUUAAGGGGCUUUUCGAUGAUGAUGUCGAAGAGUCUGAGCUGUCGGAGGGAGAUAGCUUUGCGUGGUCAAGUGACGAACAGUCCGAGAUCUCUGAGGAAGAUGCUCUGGGAGGUUACGAUACUGAAAACCCCGAGUUUACUUUGACUGACGACGAAUCUGACGAUGGGGCAUAUGUGGAAGAUGAUGAGCGAUAAACCCAUGGUAUUACAGGACAUUUGGCACGAUUUUAAGAUAUGGAUGGCGAAUAUUGGCAUUUUCUAGGAGUCAUGAUGGUGUUUUCUAAAGCUUUCUCUGAGAUUAAAUAUGAUACCCUGCAAUCCCGAUGCUCACUUCAACCGCCUCUCGCCCAUGCUUUAAUGAGAUCAUAUACACGUCUCCAGGGCCCAGUCGUUGAUAAAGGGCAGUGACUCCAGUAAAGAAAUCAAU